GAUGUGUGAGGGAGCUGCCUUUGCUCAGCGUCAAAUCGCAUCAGGCGGCUCCGCUCUCCCCCUCUUUAUUUUGUUGUACAGACAUUAACUCUUCCUGGUCUGGAGGAAGCUGAAGUACAGUAACAUGUAGUAGUAGAUGAAACGCCAUAUUGCAGAAUACAGAAGCAAGCAGAGAUGAAAGGGUUAAUGAAGUAAACUUUCCUGGCACCUUUGAAUGGGCUGUGACUAAGUUUUAGAGGCUGUGACUAACUGUUAGUCCUCAUUGGUUCCUCUGCAGAUCUCCCCAGGAGCUGGAUUUGUCACACUUACACCCAGAUGGCGUCUAAACUUUUGCGGGCUGUCAUUCUCGGACCUCCAGGUUCUGGCAAAGGGACAGUGUGCCAAAGGAUUGCCAAAAAUUUUGGGCUGCAGCAUCUUUCCAGCGGCGACUUCCUCAGACAAAACAUCCGCUCCAGCACUGAAAUUGGAGUCUUGGCCAGACAGUACCUAGAGCAAGGGAAUCCGGUUCCAGAUCAACUAAUAACGCGGGUAAUGCUGUCUGAGUUAGAGAAAAGGAUGGAUCAACACUUGCUGCUUGAUGGUUUUCCGAGGACGCUGGUGCAGGCUGAUGCGCUGAAUACAAUCUGUGACCUUGAUCUAGUAAUAAGUUUAAACAUCCCUUUUGAAACACUAAAAGAUCGUCUGAAUGCACGCUGGCUGCACCUUGCAAGUGGCAGAGUAUACAAUCUGGAAUUCAACCCUCCGCAAGUACAUGGUAUCGAUGACCUAACCGGGGAGCCACUGGUCAGACAAGAAGCGGAUAAGCCAAUUAACGUGGAUGCCAGACUGCGCCAGUACAAAGAUGUUGCUAAACCUGUUAUAGAAUUGUACAAGACCAAAGGCGUAUUACACACUUUUUCUGGCACUGAAACAAACAAGAUCUGGCCUUAUAUUUACACGUUGAUGAGUACAAAAGUCACUCCUGUGCAUCCCGAGGACACAAGCCAAGCAUUCCAGCUCGAGGAGCAUUAGACACCGCAUUCAUUAUUGAUCUUUAGGUUCAGUAUCAAUGUGGCGCUGUGGUUUUGCCGUAUCAAGCUGUAUUUGCCUUUAUGGUUUUUCUUUUGUGGAUUUUAGCACUUAACGUCUUUAAAUUAAUAUCAUUUCUACUCCCUGGGUUCCAAAGAGCUGAAACACGUUGCUAUGCAGUGCUCUUCAGUUCUCUUUAACCAUCAAGGGUUUAAUCAUUUUGGUGUUGUAGAGGUUGACAAUACAUAGUGAAUCAAACAUAUCAAUAUAUUUUUAAAUAUAUCUAUUUACACAUUUGUUUGUAAUACCCGUUACAUGUGAUCUUAUUAUAGAUAUUCUGUUGUAUUUUUGUGAAAAUGUAUAAAAAAAAGUUUUGUUUUAUUUUGAAAACACUAUAAAAAUAUGUAACUUUAUUAGUCUAAAGAUUAUCAGAAUAACUAUGGAGUAAUACUCAGAUGAGAUUUUAAUCUAUUUAAUGUCUGCACUGUAUAUAAUGUGUUCAUCUACUUUACAUGAAGAUAUCUUCAGGAUAGAGUAAGAUUUAUCCCUGUGUUAUCAUUUUACCAUCUAGUGAUAUCAUUAAAAAUAUUAUGUCUA